AUGUGGACCAACCUCUUACCACGUUUUACACCUCUCUACUUAGCCGUCUUGCUAUACCAUCUGACAAGCACCGUCGCCGGUGGCUCGCCGUAUCCUUACACACCGGUCGGUAUGAUGCUCGUAACCUGUGGUUCCUCUGGCAAUUCAACUUCUCUAGACGAGCGAAUCUGGAUUGGAGAAGUGUCUUCAAAAUUCUCCCCCAUUGACCACUUUCAAAACCAGACAUCUUUUGGCGCCAGCUCAGUUCAACGCUCCUCUGCUGCCCAAACACCCUAUACCACUGCCCGGGUCUCUCUCUCCGAAUUCACCUACAUGUUCCCGGUCAAAGCCGGCCAAAAAUUCAUUCGACUAUACUUCAACCCGGCUUCAUACCCCAAAUUUGAUCGCUCUAAACCCCAAUUUUCUGUCAAAGCGGGACGCUUUACUCUUCUUGACAAUUUCAGCCCUUCACUUAAAGAGGAUACCAUAUUGAGAGAAUACUUAAUCAGCAUCGUGGAAGAUCAGAUGUUGAACAUCACCAUCACUCCCAGCGCUUCUAAUUCACACGCUUUUAUCAAUGGAAUUGAAAUCUUGUCGAUGCCUACCAAUCUCUAUUACACCCCAUCUACUGAUGAGGGGUUAUCUUUUAUAGGCCAGGAGAGCAAGUACCGCAUCGAGAACAACACUGCUCUCGAGAUGUUAUACAGAGUAAAUGUUGGAGGUCGCUCCAUCUUACCCUCUAAAGACACUGGCAUGUUCUGGGGCUGGAGUCCGGACAACGAGUACUUAUCAGAAUAUAGAGAAUCUUUUCUACCUUCUAAUUCAACUAUUGAACUAAAGUUCACCAGUGUACCUCCGUACACUGCGCCAGAAGACGUCUAUCGCACUGCCCGGACUAUGGGGAGUGACAAAACUAUCAAUCUCACCUGGGAAUUUCCCGUAGAUUCUGGAUUUGUCUAUCUCAUUAGGCUACACUUCUGCGAGUUUCAACCAGAGAUUACUCGGAUAAACAAAAGAGUGUUUCUAAUUUUCAUAGCAAAUAUGACCGCAGAGAGAGCAGCCGAUGUGAUAGUGUGGAGUGGUGGAAAUGGUGUUCCGGUAUAUAGAGACUACGCGGUUUCCAUGUUUGGCAAAGAAGGCGACAAGAAAAUGAACCUCUCUCUCGCAUUGAAAACAAACUCAAAAGAGACGCACGCUCUUUACAAUGAUGCAAUCUUGAACGGUGUCGAAAUCAAUAAAGCAGGCACCUCUAAUGGCAUAUCCAAUCCCGGCCUAGUUGCUUUGAUCCCUCCAACGAAACCCAAGAAAAACACUACAAUAAUAGCUCCGUCAACAGCACCGACCAAGUCCAAGAAUAACACUACAAUAAUAGGUGUCGUCGGUGGUGGUGGAGUUUUCAGCUUUGUUGUGCUAUCCAUUCUCGGAUUCUUCAUUCUCCGGCAGUGCAAAAGAGACCAGGACUCAACAAAGACCUGCAGCACCAUUUCUUAUGUAGAUCAGGACUCAACAAAGACCUGCAGGUCAUCUUUGCCGUCUGAUCAGUGUCGUCAUUUUUCAUUGGCUAAGAUUAAAGCAGCCACCGACAACUUUGACGACGCUCUUAUAAUUGGUGUUGGUGGGUUUGGUAACGUGUACAAAGGGUACAUAAACAUUGACGAUGGGGCCAACCUAGUUGCGACCAAGCGGUUGACACCCGGUUCUCAACAAGGGGCUCACGAGUUUGAGACCGAAAUCGAGAUGCUCUCCCAGCUUCGCCACCGUCAUCUCGUUUCUUUAAUAGGCUACUGUAACGAUGGCAAUGAGAUGAUCCUCCUCUAUGAUUUUAUGGCUCGUGGGACCUUCCGUGAUCAUCUCCACAAAACUACUGAUAAUCCUCCUCUUUGCUGGAAGCAACAGUUGGAAAUCUGUAUCGGUGCAGCACGUGGGUUGAACUACCUUCACACGGGUGCGAACCACACAAUCAUUCAUCGUGACGUGAAGACGACAAAUAUCUUAUUAGAUGAGAAAUGGGUAGCAAAGGUGUCUGAUUUUGGGUUAUCCAAAAUAGGAAAGUCUGAAGCCCACGUUAGCACAAAUGUCAAGGGUACUUUUGGGUAUUUAGAUCCAAAAUAUUACCGACGUCAACAAUUGUCUCAGAAGUCUGAUGUAUACUCGUUUGGUGUAGUUUUGUUCGAAGUAUUGUCUUCAAAGCCACCCAUAAUACAUACUGGAGAGAUGCAAGCAUUGUGCCUAACAGAGUGGGCUCUAGAAUGCUAUCGCAAUGGAGAGGUUGAUCAGAUCGUUGAUCUGUCAUUGAAAGAUGAAAUAACAACCGAGUGUUUGAAAACAUUUGCUGAGAUUGCGGUUAAUUGUUUGCACGACAAUGGAAUCAACCGGGCAUCGAUGAAUGAUGUGGUGCAGGACCUGGAGCUAGCAUUGCAGCUGCAGGAAAGUGCAGACAAAGAUGCCAAGCUUGAGGAGGAAAUUGUCCAGCCCAAUGACAUGUCUAGUAGUAGUAGUAGGAUUAGUGGACAAGAUUUCUCUGAGAUUGUGAAUCUUCAAGGUCGGUGA